AUGAGUAAUUUGAAUGAUAAGAAGAAUCAGUUGGUGGCGAUGAAACAACCAAAGCUAAACAAUAUUAGUAGUAAUCUAUUGGAGAUACCUUCAUCAGCGAUGCCAUCAUCAUCUUCAUCAUCAUCUCCUUCACUAUCUUCACAUGGUGCAGCAGCGAAUCAGAAGCGACAACAACAAGCCAAUAGGGAAAGAAUCGAACUUUCCAAUGAGUUUGAUCAGCAACUGGAUGACAACAAGUCUCGUCCACAACUCUCAAACGAAAUUAGUAGUAACAGCAAUAGUAGUAGUACCAGUAGCAGUAACAAUAGUAGUAGUAGCAGUAGUAAUAAUACAAGUUCAACAUCACUUCGAAGUUGGAUGAGACCAAAGACAUCAUACUCAUAUGAUACAAUGAACGACUUGACACAGACAAUGUCAAGACAGCGACGGGGCUCACUUGGAACGAAUGAGCAACCAACAAAGGAUAGAAAGAAUUUGAUCAAAGAUAUAAGACCAACAUCAAGUCCCAAAGAAGAUUCACCAGAUGUAAUAAGACUCUAUGAUAGAAGAUUCCCAAGAGCACCACUUGUUCAUGAUGACGAUAACAACAAUAACAACAAUAACAACAACAACAACAACAACAACAACAACAACAGUGGCAAUGGAAGUGGACCUAGUCAUAUCAAUGUAUCAUACAGCAAUUUCUUCCCAGACACACCUCCUCAGAAGCCAGUCCUAUUACAUUUGGCCAGACCAAAGACAGCGGUUUCCAGACCGGCUGAACGCGAGACUAGAGAGAGAAAGCUAUCAUUCGACUCUGAUCGUUUACAGAUUGAUCUCUUUAUCAACAAUGAUCUUCAUAAUCUUGACCUCAACAACAAUAGCAACAUUAACAAUGUUCACCAAGGUGGAGGACUGUACAUCAACACUGGAGUCAAUAGUAUCAGUAGCAGUGGUGGUAUAUUCAACAACAACAAUGGCAAUGUGAUCAACAACAGUGGAGUCAUGGGUCCAAGCAAUCAGAACCCCAACAACAUGAAGCUAUCUGUCAGCAGUCCACAGUUACCAUGCUAUGAGCGAAACCAGGACCAGGUGGAGCUCAAGAACGAGGGCAGACAGUUGGUCAAGGAGUUCCGCAAGAGCUCAAAGAGGUUGGAACUGAUAGCAAGCUCAUUGGACCAGCUCGAUCAGUUCGAUCAGGACGAGCGUAACGAACGCGACUUUGAUGCUGUCGUCGAACUAUUCAAUUCAUACAUUGGCAACAGUCCAGAGGUACGAUCACCAGUGUUGGGCAACAGUGGCAACAAUCUACAUAUACAUACGCACAACAUCAACAGGAGCAAUAGUGGGAUGAACAGUCCGAGGGAUCAUGGCAACAGCAACAACAGUAGCAGCAGCAGCAUUAGCAAUCUCAGCUACAGUUCAGGCAGCUAUGAUAGUAGUGAUGAUGUCGUCACCGACGUUGUAGCCAACAGUAGCAAUCACAAGAGAAGCAUAAGUGUUAGCAAUGAACACAAAAGUGGCGGCAGCAACAACAACAACGAAGACCUUGAUCAUACCAAGAUUGAAGCACUCAGAUCUCAUUGCAUUGCAGCGUUGGGAGAGAGUGUGUUCCAGGCACUGUACGAAUACUCCAAGAAUGGUGGACAACAAAACAUCAACAACUCCUACAAGGAUAUUCCCAACAAGAGGGCGUACCUACCAUUGAUCCAUCAGAUACUAUUGUUUGAAGAGGUAUCUUCACGUCAAUAUGGUAUACAGUCCUGA